AUGUUUAGGCAGGGUGACAUUGCACGAGUUUAUAAUCCAAUCAAGGAAUUUGAUGUAUCUGCAAUGCUAUUAAGGAGAGCUCGAAAGUCCCUACUAGUAUGGCUGCUCAAACUUUCUCCAAUAUGCAGAUAUUUCAAGAAUUCGUGUUCGAUAUUACUCGAUAUCAACCAUGUGUUAUGGGCUCACAAUUGUGAUAUACUACCAUUGAAUUUUCCAAGACUGAUCGACUUCACUGAGUACUGCAGAGGUAAAGUACCCGCCCAAUUAGGCAAAAUGAAAGAAUCAUUAAAUGGAUUCCAGAAUCCAGAUCAAAUUUAA